AGGGUUUUGGAAGUAGACCAAAAGUAAGUAGUAGAACUACCGGUAAGUUGCAAGUGCAUCUGUCUAAUCUUUCCUCAAGCCAAGAUCAGGGAUGCAUGUGUACGAUGGUAUGCAUACAGCAGCUACGGUAUUUCCGAGAACUGCCACGUCCCUGUUCGAACACAGUCAUAUUGCAUCUGCAGGUACCUGCAAUCCGGUUCCAACCCACAAAGCUCUGUUGCCCCACCGGAGAGCCACAUCAGGUAGUCACAGGCGAUAUUGGAGGGCUCGUAAAAUCUUCGGCCGAUGCCGCUAUCAUUUUCUUGGACCUUGAGGAUAGAGACCCGUGGUUGAAAGCAUGGGGUGCGAGACGAGACCCCGCCAUUGCACGAUGUGAUAGUCGACAUCAUCAAAGACGCUCUUCGCAAGUAAAAUCUUGUUGUCGUAGAGUAAUCGCUUUUCAAAGUUACACAGGGGAGAAUGGAUGCUCUAGAAACGGCUUUAAAAUGGAGGAGCUGAGAAAAGAAGGUUUUGAGGCCUGUGCAGAACCUUCCCGGUUGCACAACGUUAGUAGUGCGGAGAGCCCGGUAGGUCUCGGAUGCCAGGCCAGGGAUCAAAAGUUGAAUCCAAAACAAGCUUCAAAGCAUCCGCCCUUCUGCUGACUAGUCUUCGCUGACUGUACGAAGUCCUGACGAGACGAAACCUGCCGAACAGUGGCUCUGAUUGGCUAGUACCGGAGCAGCGGAAACUAUACAACAACUGCAUUUGCCUCUAACACCCAACCCAUUGUUCUCAAAUCUCUUUCAACUUCCACCUUU